UUUUUCUUUUUUUUUUUCAAAAUCGCUGUUUUAUUUUGUUGAGUCGAAGGAUAUUGAAGGGGAACGAUAGUGUGAAUUUAAUUCGUGCGAGUGAGAAAAAAAUAUUGGUGUCAGUUUUGAAACGACUAAAGGAUUCGUACUUGCAAGAUGAUACUGCUUCGAACGAUUUUGAUGGUGCUCUUCACUGUGAUGGCUACCGGGACACCGAGAUCCUCGAUCAUUUAUGCAGAUGAUAAAGUGCAAAAUUAUCUCAUGAAAUUCGGAUAUCUACCCCAGUCGGAUCUAGAGACCGGAAACCUUAGAACGGACGAUCAGCUUACGGACGCCAUUAAAAAUUUACAGAGAUUCGGUGGCAUUCCUGUAACUGGUGAUAUCGACGAAGCUACUAUGAAAUUAAUGAGGCUUCCGCGGUGCGGACUUCCGGAUAAAGUAGAUCCUAGAUAUACUAGAGUCAGGCAUAAACGGUACACGAUCCAUGGGCAACAAUGGCCACAUCGGAAUCUCACUUGGAGCCUGAGAACCGAGCAACCGAGUGGUCUCGACACGGGCGGCGUUCGCUUCGAGCUGAGCAGGGCUCUCGAUCUGUGGGCGAGGAACUCGAAACUCACCUUUCAGGAAGUUAACAGCGAUAGAGCGGAUAUUCUGGUUUACUUUCAUCGUGGCUAUCAUGGAGAUGGAUAUCCAUUCGAUGGCAGAGGCCAAAUUCUAGCACACGCAUUCUUUCCUGGCAGAGAUCGAGGAGGAGACGUACAUUUUGAUGAGGAAGAAAUAUGGUUGUUGCAGGGCGACAACAAUGAAGAAGGGACCAGCCUUUUCGCAGUAGCCGCGCAUGAAUUUGGCCACUCACUUGGAUUGGCACAUAGCUCGGUUCCUGGUGCACUCAUGUAUCCCUGGUAUCAAGGAUUAAGCUCUAAUUACGAGUUGCCGGAAGACGACAGACAUGGGAUACAGCAGAUGUAUGGUGCACCGGAAGAGAGGCUCUGGGCCAAUCUACCAGGUGGGCCGCCACCUCCGGAACGACCUACAACACCUCGAACAACUACAACAAGCGUUGGGACGACCUAUAGACCAUGGAGAACAAGACCAACCAGGCCGAAUCACUAUCCAAACGACGAUCGGCCUCGACGCCCUGAUCACUACCCUCAAAAGCCGGAUUAUAGAACAGAGAGUCCAGAGAGGCCGGAGAAUCGACCUCAGAGGCCUCACAAACCUCACAAACAUCACACGACUUCCACUACAACUACUACUACUACUACUACAACUACUACCACCACUACCACAACUAUGAGAACGCCGUACACGCAAAGGCCAAGGCAUCGUUACACACCACCGGCACCAAGGAACGACAAACCGGAUAAAUGUGAUACGAGUUAUGAUGCCAUCAGCAUUAUUCGUAGGGAAAUUUUUGUCUUCAAAGGACGAUAUUUAUGGAGAAUUGGUGACCAAGGAUUGUAUGAAGGAUAUCCAGCGGAAAUCACACGCUUGUUUAAUCUACCUGAAGAAAUCGAUCAUGUAGAUGCAGUUUACGAGAGGCCAGACAAGAAAAUAGUAUUUUUUAUUGGUAAAAGGUAUUACGUUUUCAAUGCUAACAAUCUCGAACCAGGUUAUCCGAAACCAUUGACUAGAUUGGGAUUACCAGAAUCAUUAGAAAAGAUUGAUGGAGCAAUGAUUUGGGGACACAAUGGAAAAACAUAUUUCUUUAGUGGAUCUAUGUACUGGAGGUUUGAUGAAUCUGUAAAUCACGUAGAACUUGAUUAUCCGAGAAAUAUAAGUAUGUUUGCUGGUAUCGGUACAGAUAUCGACGCUGUUUUUCAAUGGAAAAAUGGUAAAACAUACUUUUUUAAAGGUAAAGGAUUCUGGGAAUUCGAUGAUCAAAGAAUGAAAGUUGCACACGAAAGACAAAAAUUAUCAGCACCAGUUUGGAUGGGUUGUCCACGAGAAUUGGAAACCAAUGAUGUCGAAAAUUAUCCAAGAAAAUCAAAAAUCAUGGCUUCGAACAACGCAUCGACACGAUCAACUCUUUUUGUCGGAAUAUUUUUUAUAGUAUAUUUUAAUAAACAUUUGUAAACUGUGAUAUUUAUGUAAAGUCGCGUAUAAAUGCGAGCGUGUAUUAUAUAUAUGCGCUCCAAUUUACACAUGACUAAAUUUUAACAUACACUUCUCUUAUACUGAUUAUAUAUAUAAUAAUUUUAAUAAAGUAAUUUUUAAAUAAUU